AAAGCGCUUUGGUUUGCCUCUACUCCAAGGACAAGAUGUUGUGGACACCUUUGGAUGCAGAGAAACUCUUGCUGCACAAUGACGUCCUUUCUGCUUCCAGCCCUCAAAAGUCAAGACAGGCAAUUCCAAAGCCUCCAAGGCUCGGACAUAGACAUAGCUUGGCGUUGGUGCAGAGCAAUUUCUGGGGGUGUUGCAGUCAUCAAGUGUCUCGCCCAGACUUGGAGGCAUGCUGUUUGAGCCCCCGGCUGAGCCAGCCAAGCCAGCCAAGCCAGCCCAGUCAGCCAAGUCAGCCCAGCAGGCCCAUGGCGCAAAGUUUCGAUCUGAAAAGAUUGGAGCAGAGUGCCCCGAAUCGCCACAUUUGGUCUCCUGAGUUUCUGGCUUCGAAAGAGGCACCCGUGAUGCCCAUGGCAUGUACCGGCCCAGUGCUCCCAAUUGGAGGAGCCAAACAAAUGCACGUUGAGAUGAGUGACUGCAGCUGCUGCACAGCGGUGGAGGUAUCUCGCAGGGAUACCAUGCCAUCCUUGGACGCCGUGAGCACGUUGUCCUUGAAGGGCCAUUUGCAAGAGGUAUUGGAGGCCAACGAGCAAAACCUUCCAACUGCCUUGUCAAAUGUAUUUGGAGAAGAUGGUCUAUCAGCCAUCUUUGGUCGUUCAUCUGCUGACGGUGCAAAACGAUUGCGCUGCGGGGGCUUUAACCAUGUCUUCAUGAUUGAGUUAGGUGGCAAACUUGCCAAAUGCAUCAGGCCACAUGGUGGUGCUGGCGGGGACUGCAGCGAAGUUGUGGAGUCUGAAAGGCUUCGGCAUCAUUUCCCAAGCUUGUGUCAGGAUCAGCAGGUACUUUUUCCUCAAGCAGCCUUCUUGUGCAAGGGCAUGGCAUCAACACGCUACAUUUGCGAGGUCAUGGUCUUUGACUUUCUCCCGGGAUGCCAAUCAGUUGCCGACCUGUGCCGUGACUUUGAGCGCACACACCCGUGCGGAGUGCGUCGGCAAGCUGCUUCAUGUGCAGAACACAGGGCGCUUGAGGAGGACAAGGUGAACUGUGAGCAUUUCCGAGCUCUACAGGCCUUGGUGCGACGAGCAGCCAGCCUGGGGCGGCACUUCCAACAGGUGCAUGGCCGCCGGCAUGGCGACUUCAAGGCUGACAAUAUCUUGGUGGAUCAGCAUGGAAAUCUCCUACUCUCAGACUUCCUGAGCCCGUUCUGUGCUGCCUGUGACCGAAAUGAGUUUCAGACGUCUAUCCAGAGCGGCCACCCGAUAUGUCAGGACUUGCAACAAGUUUUUGAAGAAGAAUGGCAGGCACCAGCCUGCCAGCUGUCCAAUGAGGCGGCUCAGCGAAGACAAGUUGCGUGGCUGGCAGGAGAGAUGCGCAAGCUCAGUGAGGUUUCCAGCCAACAAUCGAUCUUUGGGCCCCUCCCCGAUCUGCUGCAAAGUAUUUCGGCUUGGAGCUCACCACCCAAGAUGUCAGCACCACAAGGUGCUCUAGGUUUGGCUGAGAAGCUUCCAGCCAAUGAGAGCCCAAGCUUCAGCACCGCACUGGCGUCUCCAAUCGCAACAUCUCCGAUCACAACGAUUUCAAGCCCUAGCGGCCCUAGUUUUUCUUGGUUUGAAUCAACGAGAAGUUCUGGCACCGAAGCAUUUCACAGGACAAACAAGGCUUGGGGCCAUGCCAACACUGCUCCUUUAGCGGGAGUGGCUUCUUCGCCUGUGCCUAUGAAGGGUUUUUUCACAGAGCCCAAUUUGCUGGAACACGCGAAGCUCAUCAUUGCAGCAACACAGGAUAGUCCAGCAGCCAGCACUUGGCAAACACCAUCGUGGGCUGGGUGGUCCCUCCAUGUGCUUGAAAAGGAGCUCUCUGAGUUCUCCGACGCCCACAUGGUCGCAACCAGGCUUCGGAGAUCCUGCACCAAUCUAUGUCCAGGAGAACAGGGGCACUCAAAGAGCCAGGAGGAGUUCAGCACCAUCGCCUUUUUUCCCUUCUAACGAUUUGAUUGCCAUGCACAAAGCAAGCCUGCGCCUGGGUGAAGUGCCACAGUGAGGGCAGCCCGUCAGCCCCGAUGGGGUCUGAAGAAAUGCAGGCUCUUGCUUGGCAAUUUCGUUUGCCUUGCGAGCAGAGGAUUUGUA